GUGGGAAGUCAGACGUGAGAGGAGACAGUGAACGCCUCGCGAGACUGGUCAGACUGGACAGCGAGCACAGAGUCCAGGUCCCAAUGUCUUCAGGAGGGGUUAACUCUGGAACUAGGUUCGACCGGGUGCGAGAGAUCCCACACUAUGACCAGGUCCCUGUGGGCUCCUUAUGGCAGGACCUGGAUUUUCCUAAGCCCCCGGAUCCCAUGCAUGAAAUAGCGCCGGCUGUGAGCUUGAACCCCCUUCCUCCUCCCCCAUUACCUGAACAGCCUGCUGUUGGGCCUGAAUCCUUGUACCCCCCCAGCAAUGCUGAGCCAAUGGAAGAUGACUGUGAAGUCAUGGACAUUAAACCAGUCCACCGCUUCAUCCCUGCCUCUGUCAAGAACUUCUUCCGUGGCAAUAGCGGUAAACGUGGCAGCAAUGGUUGGGCUAUUCCCCCCCCUCCUCCACCACCGUUACCCGCCCCAUACUCCUCAUUCAGUAAGAGCGCCAGCUGCCACACCACGUCAGGAGUCCCCUGCUCACCCCCCAACUCCGCCCCUCCAUCUCCGUCCCUGCUAGGGUCCUAUCGCGACCCCUACGGCGGCUCUGGGGGCAGCUACACCUCUCAGAGGGAGCGAGAUGGGCUGCUGCUAGGUAGUGAAGCCCUCGAUUCUGCAUCAGCAGUGCCCACCAAUCUCUCGGCCCUGACCUACCAGGAGCAGGUGCAGGAGUACCACCAGCGCUACGCCUACAUGAAGUCCUGGGCUGGCCUGCUAAGGAUCCUGGGCUGUGUGGAGCUGCUGAUGGGAGCUGCUGUGUUUGCCUGCGUCUGUGCUUAUGUUCAUAAGGACAACGAGUGGUUCAAUAUGUAUGGAUACUCCCAGCCACAGCUGUUUGGGGGGCUCGGUGGAGGUGCUGGUGGAUACGGGGGCAGUUACUACACAGGCCCCAAGACACCUUUUGUCCUUGUGGUGGCUGGUCUUGCAUGGAUAGUGACUGUUAUUCUGGUCGUUCUUGGCAUGAGCUUAUACUACAGAGCCAUCCUUCUAGACUCUUCUUGGUGGCCGCUGACAGAGUGUUCCAUCAACCUGGUCUUGGCGGUGCUCUAUUUAGCAGCAGGGGUAGUGUAUGUGAGGGACACCACACGAGGGGGGCUAUGUAACGUACCGGUCUUCAAUAACGGAGUAAAUGGUGCAUUUUGUCGCACCGAGGCUGGCCAGACAGCAGCCAUCGUCUUCCUCUUCAUCACCAUGGUGAUCUACUUCAUUAGUGCAGGAGUGUGUCUGAGGCUGUGGAGGCAUGAAGCAGCAAGGAUGAAGAAGGAGGGGCUGGCUCUUGAGAUGAAAACUAUUGGAUCAUCAGUCCCUCUGUCUAUACUGGGUCCAGGCUCAAGGGUGUCAGAGCAGACUCCUCUCCCGACUAUCCAGCCAGACAUCAUGGACUCUACUAACAACCGUGCAGCUGCUCCUAUGAUGGCGUUGGAGCCAGAGAUUCUCAGAGGUCACAUACCAGCUGGACACAUCCCCAAACCUGUCAUUAUAGCCGACUAUGUGGCGAAGUACCCCAGCAUACGCUCAGAGGAGGAGAGGGACCAGUACAAGGCUGUGUUCAAUGACCAGUAUGCUGAGUACAAGGAGCUGCAUGCGGAGGUUCAGGCCAUGGCCAAGAAGUUUGAAGAGAUGGACGAAAUGAUGGAGAACCUUCCCUCCCGGCCUUCAAGCCAAAUGGAAAAGGAGCGGAUCAGCGGCAUUUUAAUAGACUAUCAAAGGAAAAAAGCUGAUCCAACGUUUUUGGAAAAAAGGGACAGGUGUGAGUACCUAAAGAACAAACUCUCUCAUAUCAAACAGAAGAUUCAGGAGUACAACAAGGUCAUGGACUCAGACAAAAGAUACGAGCAGGGUGAGCUCCAGUUGGAUUUCAGUAUGCCGAUCAACAAACACAAGCCCACACUGCACAAGCCAAGUGGCAGCAAACACCAUAGCAGCAGACACAGGCACAAUGAGCUCAUGUCCAACCCAGCCUUUUCCUACUACCCAGGAGAUAAGAUGCUUCACUUCUACCGCUGGACUUCACCACCUGGAGUAAUGAAGAUAAUGUGUAUCAUCAUCAUCAUCAUGUGUGUGGCUAUGUUUGCCUGUGUUGCCUCCACACUGGCCUGGGACUACGACAUGAGCGCCAUGGGUAUGGGAGGUGGUGUUGGCUUGCCAGGUUUAGGCGGCUCAUACGGUGGCUCAUACGGUGGCUCAUACGGUGGCUCUUAUGGCGGCAGUUACGGCAGCUCAUAUGGAGGUGGCACUGGUGGCUCCAAUGGCUAUGGAGGAACAGGAAUGAGUCCUGCAGCUGGCAAAGGCUUCAUCAUUGCCAUCUCUGCCAUAACCUUCAUAGCUGUGCUCAUCAUAUUUGUGUUGGUUGUUUCGAGGCAAAAUGCUGCCCGCUCAUCAAAGUUCUACCUAGCAACCAUCAUCAUCUGUGCCAUCUUGGCAUUUCUAAUGAUCAUCGCCACUAUCGUGUACCUGGUGUCGGUGAACCCAACAGCCCAGUCCACAGGGUCUGUCUACUAUAGCCAGGUCCAGCAACUGUGUUCCCAGUAUCAGACCCAGAGCCAGGCCCAAGGCAUCUUCCUCAACCAGUACCUCUACCAUUACUGUGUGGUAGAGCCCCAAGAGGCCAUAGCUAUCGUCUUGGGCUUCCUGGUGUUUGUUGCCCUCAUCAUCCUGCUGGUGUUUGCAGUCAAGACUCGCACAAAGAUCAGGCACUGGGGCCGAGAUCGCAUACUCUGGGAGGAAGUGAAGGUUGUCAAUAAUGGUCUCCACAACAGCGUCGGGGAGUGGGUGAACAAUGUGUCUGGUGACCCAGAGGUGCUAGUGAAUGACCAUAAUAACAAAGUGAGAGGGUCCAGAGACUACGUGGACCAGCUGGACCACAGCAAGCCUCUCUACCUGCCAGGAGACUCGGACAUCAGCAGUUCUGUGGUAGGUCUGAAGCCCAGGCUGAAGGACUAUGACACUGGUGUGGAGUCUGGAGAUGACCUGGAGGAGGAAGACUUUUAUGUUUUGUUUCCUUCCAUUGUGGAUGAGCAAGAGCGUCUGAACUACAAACGUGAAUUUGACCAGGAACACCAGGAGUAUAAGAGCCUGCAGGCUGAGCUCGACAGCAUAAACCAGGACCUGGUUGACCUUGACAGAGAACUGGACCAGCACCCUCAGGGCAGUCCACAGUUCCUGGAUGCCAUGGACAAAUACACCAGACUGAAGAAUCUCAAGAAGUCCCCAGACUACCAGGUCAAGAAGAAGAGGUGUAAAUAUCUCAGGUCCAAACUGUCACACAUCAAAAGAAAGAUCAGCGAUUACGAUCGCCGGCCAUGAACCUCCACCUCUGACCCCAUUGUUUAAGGAAAGACACCAAUUUGCAAUCUA